AUGAUGGUCCAAAAACUCAAGCAUUCAUACAUACCAGAUCCAUCCAAGUACUUUGAUGAGCUUUACUCCUAUCACAAGGGCAAUUUUAAGUCCUGGCUUGGGCCCUCUACAGUCAUUGAAGUUCUUACACCAAGCGAGGCUGAAGACAUAUCCCAGGUCAAAGUACAAAAGCUCCAGAACUCUUCCAGUGUCUUAUUGAAAGUUUUCGUUAGCGGCAGCCAGCAACCGCAAGAUGACAGUAGCCCACAUUCCCCCAAAUUUUCCAACUCCGACCAUCUUCUCUCGCAAACUUCAGUUUCUCCCUGUGAAGAAUUGGAGCCCUGCUCUCCGGUCUCCCCUUAUCGACCUGUCAGAAUCGAGAGCGAUGGGAACUGUGAAAUGGCCGACGCUGGUGGAAAUAGUAUUGACAGAGAUGACUGUGAUCGCCUUCAAGUGACAUCCUCUUCUGAAGAGAUGGACAAGUUGCAUCGCAAAACGCGAAGCCUAGAUUCAGGAUUCGCCGGUGGAAGUGAGGAUCAAGAUAGUCAUGAAGUCUCUGAUUUGGAUGACGAGUCUCUUCAAAGCCCCUCUAGUCCUCUGGAAACAGAUAACGUGCCAUCGAACGCCACGGUUCCGUGCUCAAGCAUUUGGCCUCCUCUGCUUGGCUUGUGUGGUGUUCCCUUCAGAUUUCCUGAAUUUCUAGGAAACUUAGAAGGGAAACCACUGGAGGGUGUCACUUCUGGAAUGCUAGACACCUCUACUGAUGAUUACAGGCCACUGAAAGAGGUAGAAUCUACUGGCUAG